AUGGAAAACAAAAAUUUUAAAAAUUUGUUUAAAAGACCAUGGAUGGAAUAUUCAGGAGCUACUGCUCCUGCUGGUUCGAGUUCUGGAAUUAAAGGCAUUGUAGCAGGUGGUAUUACUGGAGGAAUUGAAAUUUGUAUUACUUAUCCUACCGAAUAUGUGAAAACUCAACUUCAGUUAGACGAAAAGGGUUCUAAAGCUGGCGGAACAAAACAAUACAAUGGUAUUGUUGAUUGUAUUAAGAAAACAGUGCAAAAUAAAGGAUUUUUUGGACUUUACAGAGGCCUUAGUGUACUUCUGUAUGGUAGUAUACCUAAAAGUGCAGUGAGAUUUGGUGCCUUUGAGACAUUUAAAAAACAAGCCGUUGACGAUAGGGGAAACUUAUCACUUCGUAAUAGAGCUGUAUGUGGAUUAGGAGCUGGUGUUUGCGAAGCCAUUUUUGCAGUCACUCCAAUGGAAACAGUGAAAGUUAAAUUUAUUAAUGAUCAAAGGAGCCCCAAUCCCAGAUACAGAGGUUUUUUCCAUGGUGUUGGAUUAAUAAUAAAGGAAGAAGGUUUUAAAGGCGUUUAUCAAGGAUUAACGGCAACGAUUAUGAAACAAGGUUCAAAUCAAGCCAUUAAAUUUUUCGUUAUGGAAACGUGUAAGGAUUUGUAUAAAAAAGGUGAUCCAACGGCAUCCGUUCCAAAACCGUUGGUAGGACUUUUUGGCGCUGUCGCCGGUGCGGCAAGUGUAUUCGGUAACACUCCCAUUGACGUGGUUAAAACGAGAAUGCAAGGUUUAGAAGCAUCCAAAUAUAAAAACACUAUGGAUUGUUUUAGUCAAAUUUGGAAAAACGAAGGUUUUUUCGCGUUUUACAAAGGAACAGUACCUCGAUUGAGCAGAGUGUGCCUGGAUGUUGCAAUAACAUUUAUGAUAUAUGACUCAUUUAUGGAUUUGUUUAAUAAAGUUUGGAAGUAA